CCUGAUGGUCAAAUGCCAUCUGAUAAGUCUGUUGGUGUCUGCGAUGACUCCUUCAAUACUUUCUUCUCUGAAACUGGCGCCGGCAAACACGUUCCCCGCACAGUGUUCGUUGACUUGGAACCUACCGUUGUAGAUGAAGUUCGUAAUGGUACCUAUCGUCAAUUGUUCCAUCCUGAACAGCUGAUCACAGGAAAAGAAGAUGCUGCAAAUAAUUAUGCACGUGGGCACUAUACCAUUGGUAAAGAGAUCGUCGAUCUU